AGUGAUAUAUAUGAUAAUCCCUCUAGUCUAACAUCAUGAUAGAAAUCUGUCUAUCUCUAGUACGAAUCUCGGAGUGACCGAUUACCGGGCGUUGUCCCGGGUCAAUAUAGGUAAUCCCAGUCAUGGAUCUCUAGAUGCCCGGAGCUUUUCCAACAGCUCAAUUAAUUCUUUCAACACCGGAAUGAAUCCGUGUAACCCUCCGCUUCACCGGGCUUUUAUAGCCUUGGGAAGCAAUGUCGGAGAGCGGGUUGAUAUGAUCGAGAAUGCAUGUUCCGAGAUGGAGAGAGCGAAUAUCAGAGUCAAACGAACGAGUUCCCUGUUCGAGACGGCUCCGAUGUAUGUCCUCGAUCAAGACCCGUUCAUGAAUGCAGUUUGCGAGGUGGAAACCAGUUUAGGGCCUCUAGAGCUACUCGAUACCCUCCAAUCGAUUGAAAUCGGACUGGGAAGGAAGAAGUUGAUAGACAAGGGUCCCCGGUCCAUCGAUCUUGACAUCCUCCUCUACGAUAAACAGAUUUUUUCCCAUGACCGCCUCAAUAUCCCUCACCAGCUAAUGCUAGAACGGGAUUUCGUGCUGCGACCUCUAUGCCAACUCAUCCCGCACGAAGAACCCCCAUUCCCAGGCCACAACACAACCUACCUCACCCAUCUCAAAUCCCUCCCCCCACCAGACCCAACUCCACUACCUACAACCUACAUCUCAAAGUUUUUCCCCGCCAUCCACUCCACAGAUCCCAAACGCCAAACCCACAUAAUGGCCAUCCUUAACCUAACCCCCGACUCCUUCUCCGAUGGCGGCAAACACUCCCCAGUAGACCUCACAGCCCUAACCAACACAGUCCGCAACUUCAUCGCCUCCGGUGCAACAAUCAUCGACAUCGGCGGCGAAAGCACCCGCCCGGGCUCCCACCCCGUCGGCGAAACCGAAGAGCUAGCCCGCGUAAUCCCCGCCAUCAAGCACAUCCGCACCUCCAUCCCGGAGGCCGCAAACAUCGCUCUAAGCAUCGACACCUACCGGGCACGGGUAGCAGAGCAAGCUUGCGCCGCCGGCGCCGACAUAAUCAACGACGUCUCUGCCGGCCUCCUCGACCCCGAAAUGCUCCCCACAAUGGCCCGCACCGGCAAAACAGUCAUCCUCAUGCACAUGCGCGGCACCCCCUCCACAAUGACCCAGCUAACCGACUACCCCAACGGCAUCAUCCAAGACGUCGGCGCCGAACUCCUUGAACGCAUCUCCGCCGCCGAAGCAGCCGGCAUCCGGCGCUGGCGGAUGAUCCUCGACCCCGGGCUCGGGUUUGCGAAGAACCAGCCGCACGACCUGGCCAUCCUGCGGGACUUGCAGAAGUUCCGGACUGGGGUACCUGGGCUCGAGGGCUUUCCGUGGUUGAUGGGGCCGAGCCGGAAGAGGUUUAUUGGGCGGUUGACGGGGGUUGAAAGGGCUAGUGAGCGGAACUGGGGCACGGCCGCUACUGUUACGGCUAGUGUUGCUGGAGGGGCGGAUAUUGUUCGGGUUCAUGAUGUUCGGGAGAUGUGGCAGGUGGCGAGGGUUGCGGAUGGGAUUUAUCGGGGGGGUGACUGAGUGAUGGAUAUGCGUAAAAGGUGGUUGUUGGUUUGGCUCUUGUAUAUUUUCAACAAUAUUGGGGGUUCUUGUAGGUUAGCUAUCAUCAUCAACUUGCAUGAUAUAUAUAUAAAAGUAAUAGAGCUUUCUCGUUUAUACUUGGUGGCGCUGAUUAUAUUGAAGAUAUAUUUGGUCUCGUUUAGGAUGUGUUUCUAGGUAUACCUUGCAUAGUAUGGCCUAACCUUAAUUACUUCAUACCCUUUAUGUAGAGUGCAUAACCCAAG